UUAUACUCUCAUCCUUAAUCGGGGUGUGCGCAUGUUCCCAUCUCAACAUCUCUGUCACUCUGUCUGGUAUUAACGUGUUUUCACUGCAUCAGAGGAAACAGGGCAGAAGUACUGCUUGAAUCGUGCGUGAAGUAUCAUUUCAGUGUUUGGUGGAUAAGCACUGCCGGCUUGCAAAGGCUGUGCCUAAACUGUUAAUCCAAGUUCAGUCACGGAUAGCGGCGGCAGCAGCAGGGUUAAGGGAUCAACACUAGAAACACCCAGACUGUGUUUCCAGUCAGAUUUAUCUAUUCAAGCCUGGUCAGCUCUUUUGAGACACCAUGGGCAAACAAAACAGCAAACUACGACCAGAGAUGUUGCAUGACCUGCGGGAGAAUACAGAGUUCUCAGACCAUGAACUGCAAGAGUGGUACAAAGGCUUCUUAAAGGAUUGCCCCAGUGGCAUGCUAAAUGUGGAGGAGUUCAAAAAAAUAUAUGCCAACUUCUUCCCAUAUGGGGAUGCUUCCAAGUUUGCAGAACAUGUCUUUCGCACCUUUGACACUAAUGGAGAUGGAACCAUUGACUUUCGGGAAUUCAUUAUUGCUUUAAGUGUAACGUCUCGAGGCACACUCGAACAGAAGUUGAAGUGGGCUUUCAGUAUGUAUGACCUGGAUGGAAAUGGAUAUAUCAGUCGGGAAGAGAUGCUUGAGAUUGUUCAGGCAAUCUAUAAGAUGGUGUCAUCAGUGAUGAAGAUGCCAGAUGAUGAGUCCACACCAGAAAAACGGACAGACAAAAUCUUUCGGCAGAUGGAUGCAAAUAAUGAUGGUAAACUGUCUCUUGAAGAAUUUGUUAGAGGUGCCAAGAGUGAUCCAUCGAUUGUGCGUCUCUUGCAGUGUGAUCCCAGCAGUGCAUCCCAGUUUUGACAAGACCCUUGGUACCUCAAAAUCUGCAGAAAACAUCCUUUUGCAGUUAGACUGCAGUUUCACCAGAAAUACCUUCAUCACCACUUCCUGAAUGCCAGACAUCCAUCAGUGCCCUUAAGGGCCUUAUCUCUGCACUAAAUCUUUAGGACUGUAUGAGGAAGGGAGGAAGUACUGGAAUACCGCCUCUGUUGUGCAGUUUGAGAGGCUGAUGUUAGCAUGCUUUGGGCAGUCCAUGCUUCACGACCGUAGCAGAAGGACACAUACUGCACUUUUUCAGAAUUCUGAUGCUUGGGGCAUUGUGUGAAUGGUACAAUUGUAUACUGGAUGUUUGUAGCUCAGGGCAAAUGGGGGAUUGCCAUUUAUUUAUGUACUUAUUUAUUUGUUUAUUUAUAUAUGUAUGUAUGCAUUUGUUUAAUGACUUGGCUAUGUGAAGUUCUGUUUGCCAGAAUGGCCUCAUAAAACAUGGGGUAUCAUUUCUAUGAGUGGCAGAAGAAAUACCUUCCCUUAAAUUAAAAUGAAUUAUAUUUGUCAGUACUUCUGCCCUGGUAUCAUAUUAGGUGAUCUUCCAAGUGUGCUUGAUUUUAAGUGUCUCAUUCAUGCAUGAUGCAUGGAGUAUGACUCAGCAUGAUGUCAUUGUUCAUCUAAAGGUUACAUGCAAGCAGUUACCUGGGAGAUAGGACUUGUGUAAGGCACUGAUCCUACAAUCCCAGAACACAGAAAAAGGAAAUACUCAAGUUCAAAGGUGUAAUUAUUCCAGGUUUUUUGAGUAGAUCAGUUAUAUGGUAGAGUUUCAAUGUACAGUAAUUUACAGGCUUAUUCCACUUUCUUGUAAAAACCUGAACUUAAUUUCAUAAAGCAUUUCAGGCAGAAA